AGCUAGGGAUAAGAGAGAGAGAGAUGAAUUUCGUGUUGAAUUGACCUCUUCACUCAAUGCUAUGAGGCGAUGGCAGGGAAGAAGGUCGUAGAUGCCAAUGAAGAAGUAUCCUCCUUGAAAAAGGAAGUUAAGAAGCUUCGAUUACAAGCCAGGAGUUCGGGUGUCGAGAUCAAGGGUGGUGGUGUUCGUUCCACCGGGAAUGACGAAGCGAUUGCAUGUAUCAUGCAUGAGCACGAAGAAAUGAAGGCAAAAGUUGAACAGGUUGCCGGGACGGCGGGACGAAUCCAGUUGUUAGAAGAAGAGAUCAAGCUACUUAAGCAAAUGCGUGAAGAAGCUUUACAAGAAGCCCAGGUGUGGAAGAAGGAAGCUCUUCGACCCGGGAACAAACGUGGGUGCAUCGCCAUGACGCCAGAUUCAAAAUUAAAGAGUCAUUUGCCAACAACACCUGCGAAGUCAAUUGCAAGACCUGCGGGCAACCCGAUGGAGCUGACGCAGUUGCAUAGAUUGGAGGUGGCAUCACUGAAGGAGUUACGUUUGCAGGAAUUGAAUCGGCGUAGAGAGGCGGAGCAAGAGCUUGACAAAGCAAAGGAAGCUAUCGCACGCAUGGAGGCAGAAAAGACUCGCCAGACAUCGUGUUCGAAUCUGAGAGAACGGAUGGAAGAAGCCGCAGGUUGUACUGUACAACGAACUGGGAAGGGAAAGAAGAAGGUUACAGUCGGACCAGCGGGUGCUAAGGAGAACGACCGAGAAGGAUUCAUCAAGGAGGCGAGACGCGAAUUUCGUAAUUUGAAGAAAGAUGAUGUGAUGGAAAUUUGUGCGAGAGAAGGUGUGAAGUAUACUACUCUACAGGAGACGAUUGAUGAUAUUAUCGGGAGAAGGGUGGAGCUCGCUUUUGGUGAUCCUAAAGAUAAAGGUAAGAUUGCGCACGUAGAGAUUUCUGAUGAUUUGGUGGACGAUCGUGUUGAUGGACAGGAUGUGAAUGACGGGAGGGAUUCUGUUUCUUCUUAGGGUCCCUCCCGAACGCGGCCAGCCUUUGGUCGAUUGCGCAAUCUUGUUCCAAGCUAAGAUUUACCUCUUUUUCACUUCUGCGGGACAAGAAAAUUGAUGCUCUGUUUCAAGUUGUUGUUGUUAUUCUGAUUCUACUUGGUCUUAUUCCUUGGGCCUGUAAGUUCACUCCCCAUAUCUCUGAUUGGUUGAGGGAAGUCGGGUCGUUAGAUGAGGUUAGUGGACCUUUGGUGUAUGUACUAGUCUCGCCCUGGUGCCGCCACGUUUACGUUGGCAGUACAUCUCGCGAUUUAUCAGUUCAGUGGAACGAGCAUGUAUAUCGGACGAGUAAUCAAAAUUUCAUACAAGG